CUGCUCGGAGAGACGGGCCCCGCCGCUGACCUGGGAUUGCGCAGCGUCGGCGGCGUCAUCAACCCGCACCAGACCGAGUCCGUUGCCAUCGACUCCGACUUCCUGGACGCCCACGAGGCGGAGGAAUUCGGCUACUGCACCCAGUUCGUGAUCCACGGCCAAGAGCUCAACGUCGAUGAGUUGCGAAGCGGAUUUGCCGGCAUUGCCGAUUCCACGGUCAUCGUUGGCGGCGGACAGGCGGUUCGGAUCCACGUUCACACCGCCGAUCCCGGUUCGGCGCUGACCUACGGUGUCGGUUUCGGUGAACUGGAUGAGCUGAAAAUCGACAACAUGAGCCUACAGAACCGGGACUGGGCGGCCGGGCAUCGCGAGCGAGCGCGGCCCGCCGAAAUCCGCUCCGGCGUUUCGGUGAUCGCGGUCGCGUCAGGCCGGGGGCUCGCAGAUCUGUUCCAGGACGCGGGGUGCGCCGCCAUCAUCCCCGGCGGGCAGACGCUCAAUCCCAGCGCCAGCGAGAUCAUUGACGCCGCCAUGUCCGCCGGCACCACGGACGUGAUCGUGCUUCCCAAUAAUCACAACGUCAUUUUGACCGCCAAUCAGGCCGCGGAGGCCGAUACUGGCGAGAUCAGGCUGCACGUGCUGGCCACGCGCACCAUGCCGCAGGGAACCGGGGCGCUGCUGGGGUUCAAUCCCGAAGUUUCGGUGGACGACAACCUGGCCAACAUGGAAUCCGCGCGCGGCGCCGUGGAAACCCUGGAAGUUACUCAGGCAGUUCGGGACUCGGUGGUUGACGGCCGAGAGGUUCGGGAAGGCGAAUACAUGGCGAUCCUCGACGGGAAACUGGCCGCCCUCACCGCCACCCCUGAUGCCGCCGCCGCCUCGCAGUUCGACGACGGCGCGGUGACCGUGAUUGACUGCGGCACCGCCUCGGUCGGGCACAUGCUCCAGGUUAUCGCCGCCGCCGAGGACGCCGUCGCAGAGGACGCGACGCUGGAGUCAGUCGUGUCGGCUGCCGGAUCCCGGGCCGGCAAGGGCUACGGGUUUGCCAUGGUGGACACGCUGGAAUACCUGCAAAAAGGCGGCCGCAUCGGUAAAGCCCAGGCCUUCAUGGGUUCGCUGCUCAAGGUGAAACCCAUCCUCAAGGUGGCGGACGGCGAGGUGCUGCCCGUCGACCGGCCGCGCAACGUGCGUCGGGGUUUGCAGCGUCUGGAGGAAUUGGUGCGCGAACAGGGCCCGGUGUCCAAGCUGGCUGUGGCCUACACCACGGACGCCGGUCCGGCGGAGGAAAUGCGCAAUCGCCUCUCCGACCUGGCGGAUUCCGCAAACACCUACACGCUGCAGAUCGGUUCCGCCAUCGGAACCCACGUCGGUCCGGGCGCGGUGGCGGUGUCCACGCUGCCUUGA